CACCCACGCCCGACCCACCCAGUCCCUUGCGACCUGGCCCAGCGGUCCGGGCCGCGGUCCCAGGUCCGGGCCCCGCGCCAUGGAGCGGCGCUGGCCCCUGGGGCUCGGGCUGCUGCUGCUCUGCGCCUCGCUGCCCCCGGGGGCGCGAGCCAUAGAAGUCACUCUGAUGGACACAAGCAUGGCACAGGGAGAGUUGGGCUGGCUGCCGGAUCCCCCGGAGGAUGGGUGGAGUGAGGUGCAGCAGAUGCUGAAUGGGACACCCCUGUACAUGUACCAGGACUGCCCGGUACAAGAAGGCGGAGACACUGACCACUGGCUUCGCUCCAACUGGAUCUACCGGGGGGAGGAGGCAUCUCGUGUCCAUGUGGAGCUGCAGUUUACUGUGCGGGACUGCAAGAGCUUCCCUGGGGGAGCUGGGCCUCUUGGCUGCAAGGAGACCUUCAACCUUCUGUACAUGGAGAGUGACCAGGAUGUGGGCAUUCAGCUCCGACGGCCCUUGUUCCAGAAGGUCACCACGGUGGCUGCAGAUCAGAGCUUCACCAUUCGAGACCUUGCCUCUGGAUCCAUGAAGCUGAACGUGGAGCGCUGCUCCCUGGGCCGCCUGACCCGCCGUGGCCUCUACCUCGCUUUCCACAACCCAGGUGCCUGUGUGGCCCUGGUGUCUGUCCGGGUCUUCUAUCAGCGCUGCCCUGAGGCCCUGCACAACUUGGCCCAUUUCCCUGACACUCUCCCUGGACCUGCAGGGUUGGUGGAAGUGGCAGGGACCUGCUUGCCACACGCACUGACCAGCCCCGGGCCCUCCGGUGCACCCCGCAUGCACUGCAGCCCUGAUGGCGAGUGGCUGGUGCCAGUGGGACGGUGCCAAUGCGAGUCUGGCUAUGAAGAAGGCAGUGACGGCAAGGGCUGUAUUGCCUGCCCCAGCGGUUCCUACCGGACUGACAUGGACACACCCCAUUGUCUCAAGUGCCCCCAACACAGCACCACAGAGUCUGAGGGUGCCACCAUCUGCAUCUGUGAGAGUGGUCAUUACAGAGCUCCUGGGGAGGGCCCCCAGGUGGCAUGCACACGUCCCCCCUCAGAGCCUCGAAACCUGAGCUUCUCUGCCUCAGGGACUCAGCUCUCAUUGAACUGGGGGCCGCCAGCAGAUGUGGGAGGACGCCAAGAUGUCCGAUACAGCGUGCUGUGUUCCCAGUGUCAGGGCCUUGCACAGGAUGGGGGGCCCUGCCAGCCCUGUGGCAAGAGUGUGCGCUUCUCUCCAGGGGACAGGGGGCUCACUGCACCUGCUGUGCGAGUUGAAGGCCUAGAACCCUAUGCCAACUACACCUUCAAGGUCGAGGCCAUGAAUGGAGUGUCGGGGCUGGGUGGCUCCAGCCGUGCCAGUGCUUCCCUCAGCAUCAGCAUGGGACAUGCAGAGUCACUGUCAGGCUUGUCUCUGAGGCUGGUGAAGAAAGAACCGAGACAGCUGGAGCUGACCUGGGCAGGAUCCCGGCCACGUAGUCCUGGGGGUAACCUGAGCUACGAGUUGCACGUGCUGAACCAGGAUGAAGAAAGGCAUGAGAUGGUUCUGGAACCCAGGGUUUUACUGACAGAACUGCAACCAGAUACCACAUACAUCGUCAGAGUGCGAAUGCUGACACCUCUAGGCCCUGGCCCUUUCUCCCCUGACCAUGAGUUUCGAACCAGUCCACCAGUUUCCAGGGGGCUAACAGGAGGAGAGAUCGUGGCCAUCAUCUUUGGGCUGUUGCUUGGGGCAGCUCUGCUGCUCGGGAUCCUGGUCUUCCGGUCAAGGAGAGCACAGCGGCAGCGGCAUCAGAGGCAGCGUGAUCGUGCUGACGUGGAUAGGGAGGACAAGCUGUGGCUGAAGCCCUACGUGGACCUGCAGGCAUAUGAGGACCCUGCCCAGGGAGCACUGGAGUUCACCCAGGAGCUCGACCCAGCCUGGCUGAUGGUGGACACUGUCAUAGGGGAAGGCGAGUUUGGGGAAGUGUAUCGUGGGACCCUGAGGCUGCCCAGCCAAGACUACAAGACUGUGGCCAUUAAGACCUUGAAAGACACAUCCCCAGAUGGCCACUGGUGGAAUUUCCUUCGAGAGGCAACCAUCAUGGGCCAGUUCAACCACCCACACAUUCUGCAUUUGGAAGGCGUUGUCACAAAGAGGAAGCCCAUCAUGAUUAUCACAGACUUUAUGGAGAAUGGAGCCCUGGACGCUUUCCUCAGGGAGCGGGAAGACCAGCUGGUUCCUGGGCAGCUGGUGGCCAUGCUGCAGGGCAUAGCGUCAGGCAUGAACUACCUCAGUGACCACAAUUAUGUCCACCGGGACCUGGCUGCCAGGAACAUCUUGGUGAGUCAGAACCUGUGCUGCAAGGUUUCUGACUUUGGCCUGACCCGCCUCUUGGAUGACUUUGAUGGCACCUACGAAACCCAGGGAGGAAAGAUACCCAUCCGCUGGACAGCACCUGAAGCCAUUGCCCAUCGGAUCUUCACCACAGCCAGCGAUGUAUGGAGCUUUGGGAUUGUGAUGUGGGAGGUGCUGAGCUUUGGGGACAAGCCCUAUGGGGAAAUGAGCAAUCAGGAGGUCAUGAAGAGCAUUGAGGAUGGGUACCGACUGCCCCCUCCCGUGGACUGCCCUGCUCCCCUAUAUGAACUCAUGAAGAACUGCUGGGCAUAUGACCGUGCCCGGAGGCUCCCCUUCCACAAGCUGCAGGCACAUCUGGAGCAAUUGCUUGCCAACCCCCACUCCCUGCGGACCAUUGCCAACUUCGACCCCAGGGUGACCCUCCGUCUGCCCAGCCUGAGUGGCUCAGAUGGGAUCCCGUAUCGAAGUGUAUCUGAAUGGCUGGAGUCCAUCCGCAUGAAGCGCUAUAUCCUGCACUUCCGCUCAGCCGGGCUGGACACCAUGGAGUGUGUGCUGGAGCUGACAGCCGAGGACCUGACACAGAUGGGAAUCACACUGCCUGGGCACCAGAAACGCAUUCUUUGCAGUAUACAGGGAUUUAAGGACUGAGCGGCUACAGAGGACAAUACCCUGUCCAACAGCCCUCCUCAGGGAGCAAGGACAAGCCAUGGUCACCCAUGGUCAAUCACUAUGCCUUACCCCUCAACCUUUCAGUAGGCUACUGAUGCUGCUCCUGCCUACCCUCAGGAGGACCCUGCAGUGGGCCCCAGAAGCCUCUUUGUGGGUGGGGUAGAAGUAAAGAGGCAAUAAUGGGAGGGAGGUGGCAAAGGUUUAAUAUAUAUACAUACACACAGAUAUAUUUUUGUAAAUAAACAGGAACUGAGAUU